UUUUUUUUUUUUUUCUCUUUCUUUCUUUUUCCUUUUAAUCACGUCUUUAAUUAGAAAGAGAAUUCAAAUUUAUUCAAGCAUACAACAAAAAUAGCCGCUUUUUUUACCUCUUUUUUUGUAUAUAAACCAACAACAACAAUAUGCUCCCUCUUUCACUCUUACAUACAGCAGCUGGUCACCCCAUGUUGGUUGAACUCAAAAGUGGCGAAACAUUCAAUGGUCAUUUAGUCAACUGCGACAAUUGGAUGAAUUUAACUUUACGUGAAGUCAUCCAAACCUCGCCCGAUGGUGACAAGUUUUGGAGAUUACCUGAAUGUUAUAUUAGAGGAAACACAAUCAAAUACCUUAACGUACCCGAAGAAAUUGUAGAUAUGGUUAAAGAAGAUGAAGGUAGACAAAGACAAAUGGCUGGACGUGGACGUGGACGUGGACGUGAUAAUAAUUUCAACAACUCUCGUGGUGGCAGAGGUGGAAAUGGUAGAGGUGGUAGAGGUGGAAGAGGUGCUUCAGGUCCUAACGCUAAUGCUACCGUGAUUGGUGCAAGAUCAUAAGGGAUCUCAUUUUAUAUACUUUAUUACCAGAUACACUCACUCACUCACUCGCUUCGCCCUCACUCACACAAAAAAUAUUAAAAAUACAUGAACCGCAAUCCUACCCUUUUUUUUUUUUUUUUUUUAUAAUACUUUUUCUUUUUACAUCUUUUUUUUUUCUUUUUCUUUUUUUUUUUUUUCACAUAUAUAUAAACAC